CCUAGCCCCUCCCUCGGGCAUGCUCUCUCUCUCUCUCUCUCUCUAACACUCUCACACCCAAUACACUUCCAUCCAUAGCUGCAAACGCUUAUAUCCAAAUAAUAUCAGUUUGAUCUCUUUGCUUAUCUCUGUUUACAACCCCUUCUCUCCAAUAAAAUUGGUUGAAGAAGACCCAUGUCAACUUCAGACGGAGUAGCCAACGGCGUAAUUAACGGCGCAAUUAUUGAGCAGCAACGCCUCCAGCCGCCUGGAAACGGCGCUCUAUCUGUCAAGAAGCCACCGGCGAAAGACCGACCCAGCAAAGUCGACGGCCGAGGGCGCCGCAUCCGCAUGCCGAUCAUCUGCGCCGCCAGGGUCUUCCAGCUCACUCGCGAGCUGGGCCACAAGUCCGACGGCCAGACCAUCGAGUGGCUCCUCCGCCAAGCCGAGCCAUCUCUCAUCGCCGCCACCGGCACCGGCACAACUCUGGCAAGCUUCUCCACCGUCUCAGUCUCCGUCAGAAACUCCUCCUUCCUCCGCCGCCGCUAGUUCGUCUUCUAGAUUUCCGAUCACCGCCGCGAAUCGGUGCAUCCACCAGAUAUGGAAGCCGUUGCUUUCUUUUUUUUUUCCUGGUUCCGCUUUCUGCAAGGUGUUUGG